UCGUUAGGUGCGUACGUGCAGUCUAGUAAAUAGAAAAACCUUAGUGUGUGGCUCACACCGAAAUAAGUUAUCAGUAAUAACUUCAUUUCCAAACUCUACAUCUCAUUUAGGCGGCGUGUACUGCUUAUUUGGCGAUUAUUUGCAAAGGUGACAUCAGCAUAUUUUUGAAGUUUAUCGUUAGAUUAUAAACCUGCUUCGUCUAUGAUGUUUAUGUAUCUACUGGAUACAAUUGGAUAGAAAGUACUUUAUUCUUGUCUGUUCUUCAUCGAUAUAUUGUUAUAUUAACAGAUAGCGAAGAAACUAGCUCAGUGAAGAACAACAUUCAAGAUGCCUCAGCAUGCAGCAGGGGGAUCGCGUGAUUUUUACACCAUACUCGAGUUGAACCGAAAUGCUACGCCAGAUGGAGUAAAGAGAGCCUACCGCAAGUUGGCCCUCAAGUGGCACCCUGAUAAGAACCCCAACAACAAAGAGGAGGCGGAGCGCCGGUUCAAGGACAUUUCGGAGGCCUACGAGGUUUUGUCAGAUGAAAAAAAACGCCGUAUUUAUGAUAAGUACGGCAAGGAAGGUCUAACGGGAACAGCAGGUGGCCACGGAACCUCCGCCAGAGCAAAUGCGUACGGUGGCGCAAGACAUCACCCGUAUUCGGCUGGCGUCCAUGGCGGUAUCGACGACAUAUUUGCGUCGUUCGUUUUUCGGGACCCAGAGGAGGUGUUCAGAGAGUUCUUCCAAAAUGACCCGUUCAACUCCGACCCCUUCGGCCUCUUCGGCGAUCCGCUUCUGUUUACCACAAACCCAGCUGCUCAACACGUAAAUGGGCGCCAGGGUGGUGCAUCUCGUAGACAGGGGCGGCAUGGAGUCCAUGCUGCGUCGGCCCAAGAUCCGCAUGGGUACAGUUCGCAGAGGGUGCAAAGGGUCGAUGAUGUGUUCGGCAUGAAUCCGUUCAUGAUGAACCCUUUCGGCGGAAUGAGUGUGGGACUAGGCAUGCUACCCAUGGGCUUUGGCAUGCCCCUCAUGGGCGGAUUCAAUGGGCUAUUUGGCCAACUAACAUCUGACUCGAUGGAUAUGAACACUAUGACCGCGGGUGGUGUAACUACGUUCACCUCGAGCAGCGUCAGCUUCGGAGGAGGUCCUAACAUGCGGCGCACUUCUUCUAACACCCGUUUCGUAAAUGGAAAAAAAAUCGAAACCCGCAAGGUGGUAGAAAACGGUACAGAAACAGUUACCAUUAUUGAGGAUGGUGUCGUGAAAAAGAGAACGGUCAACGGUCAACCUCAAGCUAUCCAGCAGACACAGAUGGCAACUCAGCACUUUAUGUUACACGGAUAAAGAGAUUACAUUGUUCUGACGAUUAAUGCCGCAGAUGACACCCCCUCUCCGAUACAAUGACAAACUCCCUCUCUUUCUGUCCCGAGCUGAAUCGCUAAAAGCCAAUACGCCAAGAAUGAGUUCGCAAGACAACUGCUUAGUGUAAAAGGAGAAGCUCGUUCAUUAACCACGCGAAGGAGAUCGAAGGCCGCGGAAUAAUUGAACUGAAUUGAGCUGUAUUGAAUGCGAAGUGUGUGACUGCGAAAUGAACAGAUGCUUUAUAAAGCCUGAAGUAGUAACAGUACGAUGCUAUUUGCUAUAUGGGAGCCACUUGAACUGAGGGAAAGUUGCCGGAUGGGAUUUCACCAGUUCUCGACAGUUUACUAGCGUAACAAGGUAUACAUAGGAAGAUACGUGAAG